AUGGCGUUCCGAUAUUUGGUGAUCGUUGCGAGCGUAAUGCUGGCGUUGGGACUGGCAGUGGCCAACCCGGCCAACAAGCCAGCCUUCUGGAAGGGUACUCCGAUGGACGGCAUGGUGGAAGAGAUGCGAUCACUCUGCAGCACCGAGAACGAUUCCGUCGCCUGCACAAAGUUCAAGAUCAUGAACUUCCUCGAUACGGUGUUCAAGAAGGACAGCUACCAGAUCUCCGAUGACGUUGAGGUGCGCAGCAAUGGAGCCCUUGCGAGUGAGGGUCGCGGACCGUCCGGUGUGCUGGAGCAGGUCGAGCACUACCUGCGCAGCCACGACGUCACCUUCAAGAUGCCGAUUGCCGGUGCACGGGUCACCGUGUCCCCGCGCAACCUCGAACAGGACGAGCUGAGCGUGACGUUCAACUUCCCGGCGGGCAGUGGCCGCGGGAUCGAGGCACGCAAAUCGAAGCUGAAGAAGAUCGUCAUCCCGAUCAUGGUGUUCAUCCUGCUGAAGGCCAUGACCCUCAUCCCGAUGGCACUCGGUGUGCUUGGGCUGAAGGCGUGGAACUCGCUCCAGCUGUCGUUCUUCUCGUUCGUUGUGUCGGUCGGACUCGCUAUCUUCCAGCUUUGCAAAAAGCUGGCCGCCGAUAGCCAUCAUCCGCAUAUUGCCGCCCAUGGACCGUGGGAUGCGGGCCGAUCCUUCGUUCAACCCAUCUACGAUGGUCAGGAUAUUGCGUACAGUGCCCACGCAUAG